GGUUUUACAGCCUCUCCUCAGUCAAAGUUUCACGCCAGUUUUGGUCUCAGCCGAGGCAAUCGUGCCUUCCUAGUUGCACUGAGGAGCCAAAAUGUAAUGUUUUUUUACAGGAUCUGGUUAAAGGAAAAGGUUUAUUCGGGGCGGUAUUUUAAAUGAUGUGAAAUAUCACAAUUUUAAGCUGUUUCGGUUGUGUUUUCUGCCUAAAGCGUUGAUGCGUCACGCAUGAUGUUUAAGAACCCUCCGAAAGUUGAAAAUCUGAUGACGGUUUUUAUAAAUGGUGAUAAACGGUGUAGUUUUGGCAAUUGUUUAAAGAAAACAUGCUUUUCCAUCAGAGGUUUAAUGUGUAUUUUGGCUGAAGUUUGUCAUCUGCAUGUUUCCAGAGGAGAGGAACUACAUUUGUGACCAGUGUGGCCAAACUUUCAAACAGAGGAAACACCUCUCAGUUCACCAGAUGAGACAUUCAGGGGCCAAGCCACUUCAAUGUGAGGUGUGCGGAUUCCAGUGUCGCCAGCGAGCGUCGCUGAAAUACCACAUGACCAAGCACAAGGCGGAGGCCGACCUGGAGUUCGCGUGCCUGAUGUGCGGGAAGCGCUUCGAGAAGGCCCACAACCUGAACGUCCACAUGUCCAUGGUCCACCCGCUCAUUCAGGCCAAGGUUCAGAGAGGCAGCAGCCACGAGCAGCAGCAGCAGCAGCCGUCUCUGCCACCAUCAUACUCAGACCUGCACACCAUCGCUCUGACCGGAGAGGUGGUUCAGCAAGACCAGGACAGAUGACGGAGGGAGAGGGUCCAGAUCUGCUGAACGGGGACACAUGAACUGUGGGAUUUUCCCCAGCUCUGAAAACCUGUACUGUGGUUUUCACAUUCAGUGUCAUGGACUGGGCAAUACUGAUGGUUAACUCACUUCUCUACAACAUAGCAGCUUUAUGCGUCAUCACAACAAACUGUUAUCUUCAGCAUUUAAGUUCCAUUUUGGUAGAUCUUGACCAAUCUGCUGAUGAUUACUAUCUUAUGGGCGCUUCAGUUUUCAUUCCACACGUCAUCUUUUAUUUCAUCGUCAGGACAUCUUCCGACCACCGUUUGCCACAAGUCUUUCCUCCACAUGUGACAUUGACAUUGUCUGCAAUGCAGGCUGACACUCCGGCGGCAUUGAGGAUCUAAGUUUCUGGGUCGACAAUUGGGGCGUUUUCAGUGUGAACCGCAGGUAUACGAGUAGCUGGCAUAACUGGAGCCUGCAAAUAAAAAAAUGGAUCCGCUGUCCCAAAAAAAUAUUUUAAAAAGCCCAAAAAUGACAGCAGCUUUUUCGCCAUUUCAUGAAUGACCACCGCCGGUGCCAACCUCGGUGACUGCGUUUUCUGUAACUGCUUCACAAUAAAAGUCACCCAGUGUUUGUUUUUA